GCUGUAGAUGGGAGAGGGAGAGCCCGAGCCCAGGCUGGAGCAGGGGACAGCAAGGUAAGUAUCAUUGGUGUCAGUGGGAGGGAUAGUGCCCCAUCAUUUUGUCACUACAAUGAUGGUGCCCUAUCAUUAGUGUACAUGUCAGUGGUGAUGAAUAGUGUCCCAUCAUUGGUGUCAGAGCGAGGAAUCAUGCCCACAUCUUGGUGUCAGAGCGAGGAAUUGUGCCCCAUCAUUGGUGUCAGAGCAACGAAUCGUCGCCCAUCAUUAGUGUCAGUGGAAGGAAUAGCACGCCCCAUCAUUGGUGUCAGUGGGAAGAAUCGUGCCCGCGAUCAUUGGUGUCAGUGCGGCGAGGAACAGCACCCCAUCAUUGGUGUCAGUGGGCGAAUAGCACCCCAUUAAUUGGUGUCAAGUGGGAAGAAUCG